AUGCACAAGUCGUACUACGAAUUCAUAGAAAAAGACAGCAGCAUGUCUUUGCAGAGAAUGAUACACAUAAUGCUGCAGAGCCUGACGGAAAGGGGCAUAAAGGAGGGCCUGUUCAGAACCGGGAAGGCGGACAUAAGCAUGAGGAGUAUAUACAAUAAACUCUUUCCAAGUAUGCAGAACUCAUCUGUUCUUAUAGAGGCCCACAGGCUUAGAAUAUACAUCCAGGACGGAAUGGAGAAGGAAGCGCUGGAGCAAAUCCGAAAGAUAAAAACAUUUAACGACAAAGCUAUAUUUUCUCUUUUGAACCACGCGUUUCUUCUGGCUGUUCUGCACAAAAUGCCUGCGGUGAUUGAGGCCUUCUUCAGCAGAGGCUUCCCCAGAAGCAUAAACUCGAGAAUAUUUGGAGGAAAAGAGAGCACGGUUUUUCCCACGUACUUUCUUCUUUCGCUGGCCACGCAGAGCCUGUCCAUCAUAAUGGUCUUCCUCAGGCGAAGCGUGGACUACCACGAGACAUGGCACGGCAUAGGGCCGGUGCAUCUUGCAGCUGUGAACUCAGACAUCCGGGUCCUUGACAUGGUCCUGACCCACGGGGGAAACCCCAUGGAGGUCACAACUUCGCUCCAGUACUCUCUGCUGCACAGCCUGUUCAAGAAGCAGGACGUGAAGUGCGGCAUGCAGGGCAGGCCCAUAUACCCCGUGGACAUAGCCGCGGUGGCAAACAACUGGGGAUGCUUUCUUCUGCUGAUGGACAAGUCGCCCAAGUGCGCAGCAUACUCGCAGCACCUUCUCCACAUACUAAACAGCCUGGAAAUGAUCAUAAAGGCCAUCAACAUUGGGGCCCGAAUAGACGUUCCCUUGGCGGACCGCUCCACCAUACUGCACACAAAAACGCUGCAGAACCGGCCCGAAAUUGUUUCCUUCUACGUUGCUCUGAGCCUGCCGCUCGAGGCCGAGAACAGCGAGGGGCAGACCCCGCUGAGCCUGGCCCUGCACAUGCAGCACAAAGAGGUUGCGUGGAUUCUUGUUAUGAGCGGGGCCAAGGUGGAGGACAGCCUGAGGGCCCACCCGGUUUUGCAGGAAAUAGAGGCCGGGUGGGCUCCUUCCGACGCGCAGCAGGAGAAGUUCGAGUACUACAAGCACGCAGCCUCCUAUGCAGAGGUUGUGAAGCACAAGCCCAAAAGCAGGUUCUCCAUCAAAAGAAUCAUCACGCGGGAGGAAAGCACUAUUGAGAGCGCCGUCAACAAGCUGAACCAGAAAAUCGAGAAGGUGGAGAAGGACGCCAUGAAAGAGUUCAAAAAGCUCCCCAAGGAAGAGCUGUAUGAGAAGUUCGUGAAGGCCAUAGAAAGAAGGAGCGCGAAAAAAGACUCCGACGACUUUUGA